ACAUUGACCUUUAGCUUAAUCUAGCUCACUUCAUUAUCAGCCAGAUAAAAUAGAGGAGUCCUCUUCCGAUUUUUAACAACAAUCUAUGUGCGCAUUUAUGAUUUCUUUAAACCAUUUUUCUUUCAAAUCCAAUAAGGUUCAGAGCUGCAGUUUACCCAUUCAGGAUUCUGCACAUAUUCUUGUGUAUAUAAACGGCGUUAUAUUUGUCAGAGUUACUGAGGACAGCUUAAAGUUCAGGCAAACAUAAAUAACAUCAAUUAAUUAAUUAGUUAACCCCAUAUUUGUUUGUUUUUGAUUUGCUCCAUAUACGACCAAACCCCAGUUUUUAAUCUUGUUUUCUUAUAAUUUAUCUCUGCUUUUCAUGUCAGAUUCUCUCUUAACUCAACGAGUUUAGCCAAAAGAUAAUCUCACUUCUCUGUAAUAAAUCUUCUUCUUAAUACUACUACUAUUAUCACUUUCCCAUUUCAGGUGUAGCAGCUCUCACUCUCUCUCUCUGUUCUUCAAGUUUACCACUUUUCAUCAUUUUUCUUUUUCUGUGUGGAAUCACUGAAAGGGUCUUUAAUUGAAGUACCACUGAGUGAUGUAAAGUUGAAAUCGAAGUCAUCUUUGUUCAUUUAUGUAUACUCUCUGAGCUCCAUUAUUUCAUUUUCUUCUUCACUUUUUUUUGUUUCUUACUGGGGUUGGGUUGAACUGCUUCAGAAAAGCUAUUUUAUGAUGUUUGGAAGAGAACCCAAGUUGUGUUCUUAGUUUCUUUGCUUCUUAGAUCUGUUGUUUUUGCUUGAAAUCAGUUCAGAGCUCUUUUGUAUUUCCCAGAGAGAUGGGAAGGUUAUGUGUGUUUCAUGUGGUUGUUUCCUUGUUGGUUUUGUCCAUGGGGGUUGGGGUAGUAAGUGGUAUUGGUGCUAAUUGGGGAACACAAGCAACUCAUCCUGUACCACCUGAUAUUGUGGUGAGAAUGCUAAGAGAAAAUGGGAUUCAAAAGGUAAAGCUGUUUGAUGCAGAUUCUGAUACUUUGAAUGCUCUUAGUAAUUCUAGGAUUGAGGUGAUGGUGGGUAUCCCUAAUGACAUGUUGUAUGGUAUUGCUACCAAUAUGAAAGCAGCUGUGAAUUGGGUGAAGCAAAAUGUGUCUGACCAUGUCGACAAAGGCGUACUUAUCAGGUAUGUUGCAGUUGGAAACGAGCCAUUCUUGCAGACUUAUAAUGGAACCUUCCUUGAAACAACCUUUCCCGCACUUCGAAAUAUUCAGGCAGCCCUCAUAAAAGCUGGUCUUGGCAGCAGGGUUAAGGUUACUUGCCCACAAAAUGCAGAUGUAUAUGAGACGACUCAAGCAGGCCUCCCUUCUGGUGGUGACUUUCGGUCAGACAUCCAUCAGGUCAUGAUUGACAUUACCAAGUUCUUGAAUGAUAAUGGCGCACCCUUUACUGUCAACAUCUACCCCUUCAUAAGCCUCUACAUUGAUGCAAAUUUCCCAGUUGACUAUGCUUUCUUCGAAGGGAAUGGGGCACCAAUUAUUGAUGGUGGCAUAUCCUACACCAACAUGUUUGAUGCAAAUCAUGACACACUUGUAUGGGCGCUGCAGAAGAAUGGCUUUGCAAAUAUGCCCAUCAUCAUAGGAGAGAUUGGGUGGCCUACUGAUGGAGAUAGGAACGCCAAUCUCAUGUAUGCACAGCGUUUUAAUCAAGGUUUUAUGACUCACAUUGCGACUGGAAAAGGGACCCCAAUGAGAAGUGGCCCUGUCGAUGCAUACUUGUUUAGUUUGAUUGAUGAGGACGCCAAGAGUAUCAGUCCAGGAAACUUUGAAAGACAUUGGGGUAUAUUUUAUUUUGAUGGGAAGCCGAAAUACCCGCUCAACCUCGGAACAACUAACACAGGAAUGUUGGCUCCAGCUAGGGGAGUGGUGUAUCUGGAAAGGAAAUGGUGUGUCAUGACACCAAAAGCAAGUCUUGAUGAUCCACAAGUUGCAUUGAGUGUGAGCUACGCAUGCAGCCUUGCUGAUUGCACAAGCCUUGGCUAUGGAACAUCAUGUGGGAAUUUAGAUACACGAGGUAACAUUUCUUAUGCAUUCAACAGUUACUAUCAGAUCCAAAAUCAGCUCGAUAGAGCUUGCAAGUUCGGCAACCUUUCAAUGGUGGUUACAAGAGACCCGUCAACAGAGACUUGCAGGUUCGGAACAAUGAUAGAGCCAUAUGAGGGUGGCAGCACUGAGCUGAGUGCAGGGUAUCUCCAAACAGUGAUAACUUUGGUUGUAGUUACUAUUGUUGUCCUAUUUUCUUAACCUUUGCUAUGAAUCUUAAAAUCUAAAUUUAUGAGUCUUUAUGUCCACCGUUUUUUUUUUUGAAAUCAAAGUUUUUCUUUUUUAAAAAUCAAGUAGGAGGAGAAGAAAUGGGCAUGAAAGAAAUAUACACACAUUCUCACACUCCUUGAUUCUGAAGUUUCAACUUUGAAAGUCUCGUUAGUUAGGGCAUACAAUUGAGACACAGAGAAAGGUCUAAAAAA